AUGAACACAACACAAACAACACAACCGUUCUACAAAUUACCAAAAUCGUCACAUAUAGAAGAAAACCCACCAACCAACAACGGUUUUCAAACUUCCCCCACAAAUUACAUCGAAAACCAAGGACAAUUAAUACCUAAACGUUCAGCUCCUCCGCCACCGAAAGUAGCGCAAAAAGUCAUCCAAAUGAGCAGCGCUUCUGAUUUGAAUGGUACUAACCCCUCAGGAAAAGAUAACCAGCGUCGUGGACAUAAGAAACCAAAUAGUCUAGGUCCUCCACCGAAACCUACUCGCUCAAAUGAACCAUCAUAUCAAGCGGCACUAGCAAGGAGCCCCUCUGCUGGUAAUGGUCAAAAACAAGGGCUCCCGGGUGAAUCUCCCACUUCUCCAAAGUACGCGGCAAGUGGAUAUAGUUCACUUAAGGGAGCCCCCGCCAUCAACGUUCAUGGUGAGCCAAUUCAACAAUCUUCGACCAGUGAAAAAGAUAGUAAACCCCUCAAGUUUUUCGGUAGUUUAAUAUCUGAUUUUCUUGGGCCGAAAAAGAGGGUGGAAAUUUCAUCACCUUAUGAUCCGGUUCAUUUAACUCAUGUCGGAUUCAAUCAAGAAACUGGAGAAUUUACGGGUUUACCAAAAGAAUGGCAAACAUUAUUACAAGAGUCUGGUAUUUCAAAACAAGACCAACAAGCGCAUCCACAGGCAGUAUUGGAUAUUGUAGCAUUUUAUCAAGAUACAGCAGGUGGCAAAAAUCCAAAUGCAAUUUGGGAGAAAUUUAAUAACGCAAAGAUUGCAAAUAAAUCAUCUCCAUCUGUUACUCCAAGUUCACCAAAAGCGGUGGAUAAAAUAUUUGAGAAUCCCAGAACAGCACCGGUACCACCGGACAAGAGGAAACCUCCACCACCGACCGUCCCCACAAGACCAUCGAACCCAACGACGAAUCAGAAAAAUCACAAAGGUUCCAAAAACAAUUCUACGUCUCCCCCCAAGCCAUCGCGUAGCAACACGACGGACCCUCCGAGACUCCCGCCAAUAACACCAUUACCUCCCCUUGAAAGUAAGACGUUACCUCAUCCUCCACCAAAACCCAAGCCGCCUCGUCAUAAUCAAAAUAAUCAAGGGAACCCAACAAAUCCUUCAGCGUCAAAAACCCAAUCACCAUCAACUAACGUUGGUCAAGGUCCCAAAGUACCACAACAAGCAGGAAGCCAAAGACGCCCUCCUCAACGUAAUAAGCAAAAUAAGGAUUCUGGAAAUAUAAUUGAUAGAUUGAAUGCAAUUUGUAGUGAGGGAAACCCAGAGCUCUUUUAUACUAAUUUGGUCAAAAUUGGUCAAGGAGCUUCUGGUGGUGUAUACACCGCUUAUCAAAAGGGUACUAAUUUGUCUGUUGCUAUUAAGCGAAUGAACCUUGAACAACAACCAAAGAAGGAUCUCAUCAUAAAUGAAAUUUUGGUAAUGAGAGAAUCUAAACAUAAAAAUAUCGUGAAUUUCAUUGAUAGUUAUCUUUUUGCCGGAGAACUUUGGGUCAUUAUGGAAUAUAUGGAAGGUGGUAGUUUGACAGAUGUAGUAACAACUAAUAUCAUGUCGGAAGGCCAGAUUGCAAGAGUUUGUAUAGAGACGUUGAAAGGGUUAAACCAUUUACACGAAAAAGGUGUCAUUCACAGAGACAUCAAGAGCGAUAAUGUACUAUUAUCAUUGCAAGGAGACAUCAAAUUAACCGAUUUCGGUUUCUGCGCGCAAAUCAAUGAACAUAAUAACAAACGUACAACGAUGGUUGGCACACCAUAUUGGAUGGCCCCAGAGGUUGUAACACGCAAAGAAUACGGUCCCAAGGUUGAUAUAUGGUCAUUAGGUAUUAUGGCAAUUGAGAUGAUAGAAGGAGAGCCACCGUAUUUGAACGAGAAUCCUUUAAGGGCUUUAUAUUUAAUUGCAACAAAUGGUACACCACAAUUACAAAAUCCUAACGGUAUUUCACAACAAUUCAGAUUAUUUUUAAAUGAGUGUUUAGAAGUUGAUACAGAAAGGAGACCAACCGCCUCAGAACUUUAUGAUGAAAUAGAAGAGGGUAACAAAACCAUAAUUAAAUGUCAUCGUUUCUUAGAGAAAGCCGAUCAUCAGAAUACACUUGUGCCUCUAAUCAAAGCUGCACGAGAUAGUUCAAGGAAAUAA